UGUUGUUUCUUUCUUGCUUUAGUGGACAGAAGUGAUUGCGACAGUAACAAACUAUGUGGAUUAUUGUGUCUCUAUUCGUGUUGAGUUUGCCCGCACAAUUGUGCGCAAACGUUUGCCCAUGUGAGCGAGAGGAGCUCUGUGACUCCAUCCGAACCCAGCCGGCAUUUGAGGUAUUUGUAUUUGAUGUGGGGAAAAAGGCUUGGAAGUUUUAUGACUGGAGCAAAGUGACAACAGUUGCUGCUUUUGGGGAGUAUGAUGCUGAACUAAUGUGUUACGCUCACUCCAAAGGGGCCCGGUUGGUUCUGAAAGGAGAUGUACCACUCUCAGAUAUAGUGGAUCCAGUAAACAGGACCGCUUGGAUCCAAGGAAAAGUCAAACUGGCACAAAGUCAGUUCAUGGAUGGAAUUAAUAUAGACAUUGAGCAUGCAGUAGAGACUGGUUCUCCUGAGUAUUAUGCGUUGACAGCGCUAGUCAAAGAGACAACUGAAAGUUUCCAUAAAGCAAUCCCAGGCUCUCAGGUAUCAUUUGAUGUGGCUUGGUCACCCAAAUGCAUCGAUAAGCGCUGCUAUGACUACCUUGCUAUUGCAGAUUCAUGUGACCUCUUGUUUGUGAUGUCAUAUGACGAGCAAAGCCAGAUCUGGGGUGAUUGUAUUGCCAUGGCAAAUGCACCCUUCAAUCAGACACUGAUAGCCUAUGAUCAAUACAUCAAUAUGAAAAUAGAUCCAAAGAAACUUGUGAUGGGUGUUCCAUGGUAUGGUUAUGACUACACCUGCCUAAAUUUCUCAAAGGCUGGAAUUUGUACAAUUCCAAAAGUCCCAUUCAGAGGUGCCCCGUGUAGUGAUGCAUCUGGCAGACAAAUUCCCUACAGCAUUAUGAUGAAAAGGAUCAACAGCUCUAUAUCGGGAAGACUCUGGGAUGAGAACCAGCAAGCUCCUUACUACAACUACAAGGACACAGAUGGCAGGGUCCAUCAGGUAUGGUACGAUGACCCAGAAAGCAUUGCUCUGAAAGCAGCCUAUGUGACACAACAUGGUCUGAAAGGAAUCGGCAUGUGGAAUGGGAAUCUUCUGGACUAUAGUAAUGAUUCAAUCGCCCGGCAACAGACUGCGGACAUGUGGAACGCCCUUACGCCCAGUGAACACAGGAAGUUGGCUGCUGUCUCCUAGGAUCCUCCAGCUAUUUCAUACACAUUCGUCUAAGGUCUGGAGGCAUAGUCCUCACCAUCAAUACAUGUCAGAUUGAUUUAUUUUUAUUGUUUUAUUGCAAACAACUCUGAAUGAAAGGGACAUUCUUGGCAGCAAACCUAAUAAAACCUUGCAUAUUGUAAUUGAAUAAGUUUUAACUGAACAAAUUGAAAAGCAUUUGAUGGGAUCUAAAUAUUUGCAUAUACCAUGAUUCUAAAUCAACACCGGCUUAGAUAAUAGAAGCAUUUCUUUAAAAACCAUUAAAUUGAUGAUCUUGAAAGUAAAAUUAGUCAUUUCUGUGCCAACAAAUUAAACCAAAUAAGCAGUCCUGCUACUUAUAUUGAAAAAUUGAGAGCUGUAGCCUUGAUGCAUUAUUCAGAUUCCUGAAAUGUAAAAAAUAGUAGUACAAUUCCUUAAAUACUGUUUGUUUUUUGCUUUAUGUAAAUGUAAAGUCUGAUUCUUGGAUUCAGAUUUUUUUUUUUUUGAAAGAAAUAAUAAUAAAAAAGAAUACUU